GGAUCUUUGAAGGGAAGCUGAUCAGCCACCGCCUCAUCUCCCCAACGCCUGUUCAACUGCAUGGUGAACACUAGUCCUGCUCGCUUGCUCCCGAAAACUCACUCGCUCGCUCGCUCCAACUACCACGGGCUCUUUUCCCCGCAUGGAGGACAUUGAAAAGCCCUAGACAUGUCAAAUCUGUUUGGGCAUGAAAGCAGGCGCUUUAUAUGGUCAUAAACCAUUACUCUCUUAAUCUGUGGGCUGGUUAAAAAUCGCUGCUUCUGCGCAAAACGCCCGGUGUCCAAGAGCGGGAUAAGCAUUUACAUACCACUCGUAUUUUCAUUUUACAGGAUGCAAUCAAAUGGAAGACAUUCAAAGGCUGAGAGCAUCAUCGAUGAUGAUAAGUGUAAAGAGAGAGAAAAAUCCAUGGGAAAUAUUGAAGAUUCAGAGGUUCAUAUAAGUGAUUUGAAAUGUGAAGAUCUUGAAGGGUUAAGUGUCAAACAAUUAAAAGUAUUAGAAGAAAAACUUGAAAAAGGGCUGCGACAUGUUAGAGCAAAGAAGAAUCAAGAAAUGAUCGAACAAAUGAACGAGUCAAGAGAAAAGGGAAACAAGCUAAUGGAAGAGAAUGCCAAUCUAUAUCACAAGCUGAAAGAACUCCAAACAAGGAGCCAAGGGCCUAAGUUGCAAGAAAAUAUUGAUGAUUCUGAAGAUUUGAAUACUUCUUUGCAUUUAAAGUUAUGACAAUCUAUGUUUACAUCCCUAUUGAAUGCACUAAUUUUAUUUUAUUUUGUUCUUGUAAUUAUAUAGAAAAUUAUAAUAUAUGAAAUUGGAUUUAUAAAGUUUUUUAGUACUUUUAAAUAGUAGGAAAAUUAAAUAAAACAAGUAAAUUUUUAUAUAUCUUAUUAGUUUGUAUUGAAGUAUUUAAGCAAUAUAAUUUUAAAUAUAACAUUUAAGCGA